AUGGCUUAUCUCGGCGAUACAAGUCAAAUAUUGGUAGAUACUACGGAUGUUUUUACAACUCAUCAAAAAUUUGCUACCCCAGAUGAUGUUGUCAAAUGGGCUCGAGAUGUUGGAGAUGCCAAUAAAGUCGGUAUUAUCAUUACUCGGUCGGAUAAAAAGAACGGAAUAAGAGGAAGAAAUGACAAGUUGAUUUUGGGUUGUGACAAAGGUGGAAAGUAUGACUCUUCAGAAAGUUCCACGACAACUGCAUCGAAAAAGUGUAACUGUCCAUUUAAAAUUAGAGCUGCACCUUCAACAGAUGGUUCAGGAUGGAAAGUUCAGGUUAUUCAUGGAGUUCACAACCACGGGCUACCUGACAAAUAUCAUGGUCAUCCUCGCAAGACACGUUUAACCGCUGAUGAAAACAAACGUGUUCAAGAUUUGACAAAGCGUAAAGUAGCACCAAGACACAUUGUUUUAGAUUUGAAAGAUCAAAAUCCACAGUCUGUUGUUGAUGCCACACUUGUAUAUAGGAAAAGACACAUGAUGCAAAUACAAGAAAGAGGCUCCAGAACAGAUCUGCAACACUUGCUGCAGUUGUUAGAUGAUGCAAAAUAUGUCAGCUGGAAUAGAAGAAAAGAUGAUGGCUCCGAUGUUUUGAGUGAUAUUUUUUGGGCGCAUCCAGAUUCAAUCAAGUUGUUGAACUUGUUUCCCAUUGUUUUGGUUAUGGACUGCACAUACAAAACUAAUAAAUAUAGACAGCCACUGCUUGAAAUUAUUGGCAUAACGUCAACUAACAUGACAUUUGCUAUUGGAUUUGCUUACAUGGAAUCUGAGAAGACGGACAAUUAUCAUUGGGCGUUAGGUAAGUUGAAGGAAUUGAUUACUAAGCAAGAUAUAUUUCCUAGAGUAAUUUUGACUGAUAGGGAGUUUGCUUUGAUGAAUGCAAUUAAAGAUAUAUUUCCACAUACUACUAAUAUGCUUUGUACGUGGCACAUAAUCAAAAAUGUGAAUGCGAGAUGCACCGUGCAUAUACCUAAGGAUAUGCGACAGAAGGUGAAAAAUUUGUGGAGAGAUGUUGUUGAAAGUCCGGAUGAGGUGGAGUAUCAGCAGCGGUUGAAUGCGUUUCAGCAAGCAUGUGUUAAUUCAAGCAAGUUUGUCGAAUAUGUCAAUAACACCUGGUUGGCCCCUCACAAAGAACAAUUUGUUGAAGCAUGGACCAAUCGAGUGAUGCAUUUAGGAAACACAACGACUAAUAGAGUUGAGUCUGCACAUUGGAAACUGAAGCAAAUGUUGGAACACAACAAAGGAGACUUAUGCAAGUGUUUGGAAGGCAUGAAUAACAACAUAAUACUAGAAGGCCGCUAUGAUAUGACACUAAUUUCUGAUGAGAUGAAGAGAAUUGACAUUGUUGGAACAGAUAAAAACUUGUGUGGUUGCAAACUUAGGUCAACAUGUGAGUUGCCUUGUGCUUGUGAAUUGAGUGGAUAUACAACCAGCGGUGUACCGAUACCGUUAGAUUCAGUUCACGGUCACUGGAAGAAAUUAACUAUGGAAGAACCAUUGGAGGAUGACACAGAGGAUGGAUAUGAGUUGGACAUGAGUAAUGCAAUGGAGGCAAUAUGGACUCAAUUUCGGUCACUUGAUAUUAUUGGUAAAAGAGCAUUGAAGAGUAAAGUGUUUGAACUUGCUUAUCCAGCCUCAAGUUCAUUGUGUCCACCACCUGAAAAAAUAAAAACCAGAGGAGGAGUGAAGAACAAAGAUAAAGGCAAAACACCAAAAGAAAUUAAUGGCUCAAUUCAUAUUAGGAACCUAAAAUGGCUCAAAGUUUUAAUUAGAAAAAAAGCUAGGAAUUAA